CGUAAACAGACAUUUUAGCCAAUAUUUCACAUGCUGGACUGAGGCUUUUUCCCCAGCAAGCAUUAAAUUGCAUUCAAAUAUGUAAAUAAUUUGUGCAUUGCCAGGAAUCCUAAAUACACCCGUCCUUUCCAGAGGAAAACCUAUAGCUCUGGUCUUUCUAUUCCAGCCCAGAAGGUGGCGAUAAGGCACUCACAGUUUGCAACCAACCGCCAUUACACUCCACUGAAGAAGAACAAGGAAAAGCGGAAGUCCUGUGAUACAGCUCGGUCAGUGGUCUUCCUCCUCCAGUCCAGAUUGAGGAGAUUGCUACCUGUCUUCCUGUCUGUCAGUAUGUCAUCCAGGAGAGAACAGAGUUCCAGGUCUCUCCUAUUUGGCUUGCUGCUUGUGCUGCUCUGUGAGGUGUUCUCGUUUGCACAUGCAAGCAAGAGUUUUGAAGACGUGCGCUGCAAGUGUAUCUGUCCACCUUACAGGAACAUCACUGGACACAUCUACAGCAGGAAUGUCUCCCAGAAAGAUUGUAACUGCCUCCAUGUAGUGGAGCCCAUGCCAGUGCCAGGCCAUGAUGUGGAGGCCUACUGUCUGCUGUGUGAGUGCAAGUAUGAGGAACGCAGCAGCAACACCAUCAAGGUGACGAUCAUCAUCUACCUGUCAGUGGUGGGCUCUCUGCUACUCUACAUGUUGUUCCUGCUGCUGGUUGAACCUCUCAUCCGUAAACAUGACCCCUACAUCCAACCCCUUCACAACGAGGACGACUCUGAGGACAUGCGGCCGCAGCCUGAGUGUGCUGCUGCUGCCCAGGGAGGCAGGGGUAACACGGUACUGGAACGGGUAGAGGGAGCCCAGCAGCGCUGGAAAAAACAGGUCCAGGAACAGCGCAAGACUGUCUUUGACCGACACAAGAUGCUUAGUUAAACCUCAAUGGCUGACUUCAGAUCAGAGGCUAGAGUCACCUCCCAUGCUUCGUCCACAUCUGCUGCUGUUGUAUUGUCACUAGCUACAUGUUGUUCUUCAGGAUUUCAAUCUCUUUGCCAUUUCAAUACAGUCCCUGCACAUUUAGGAUUGUUAAUGAGCGUUAUGGUAAUUCUGUUUGGAACGAUCGCUGGCCCAUUUGUCCUUUGUUUCCAAAAUGGUGGUUGCUGUCAUGAGAAUAUAGAUGUGUAUCAAAAUGAGGAGUAUAGCUAAACAGCAAAGUGGAAGUUGUGGUUGCAUCAUCAUCUCUGCAUCAUCUGCAUGGAAAGAUAAAACAGGAAAUGGAACUGGAUAUAUUACAAUCACUUUAUCCAAAAUAAGCUUUGAAAAAGUAGGACUGAUUCAGAAUAUUUUUAACAUGCUUAAUUAAGCACAUUUUACAAAUAAUUUUCAAGCCUCAUUGUAGCAUUGUUGUAUUGUGAAGCUAACUCAGCGCACCGGAUACUUUAGGUAGGCUGAAUGCUUGUGAAUGAUAGGCUCACUGUAAAUAGGCUGCCGGUAUGUAAUUGGUUACUUUAAUUAUUAGCUGGUGCCAAGCCAAGUUCAUUCCUUAGUUUAAGCACUAUUUAUCAUCAGAACCACUUGUGGUUCAUUUUGCACUUCCUGAUGAUAUCCUUUGCACUUAAAGACACAAGAAAGGAAAAUGUAUUGUUUUAUUUAGCCAUGUAAUGAUGAUUGAUAGUUUGGCUGGCUUUGAAAAAUGUGUUGUUUGAUAGGCUGUCUCUACCUGGAGUGGACACAGAUGAGUGAAACCUCUGAGGAUGCUUAAUGUGAAUAGCUUAGCUUGUAACGGUCAUUGUAAUGUAGUAAUUUACUGUAGAAUCACUGGAAUGCCAAAUGUCUUUGUAUGAUUCCAGAGUGGAAUAUUGCAGUCAGUGGCUUGUCUCACAUUCCAUUAACUAGCACUGACUGAGGCUGUGUGUGUGGAGGGGGGACAUUUCCAAUCACAUUCUGAGGUGAAGUUAUGCUAGCCUGCUUUACCUCAAACACACACACAUUGAGAAUUGAUGAAAAGGUCUAUUGAAUUAAUGUUUUAGCUGACGUAUUUUAAUGCAGAUGUACUCUUAAUUGACAUGAUUUUGAAUGUAAUUAUCAAAAGGAAUAUGGUAGGGCCUGUAUGUUGAUGUUAAAGACAUAUCAACUGAUAUGUGUGUUUUGAUAUAGGCUAGGAUUUUAUUACAUUGUUUAUUUUAGUUGGACUCUGUUCUGAGAUCUUGCCAUGUUGAAAGAAUGUCUGUGUAAUUGCCUACACCAUGCUUGGAAAACAGUAAAAAUGGACCUUGGUUGAGCUUAUAUUUAUCCUGUUGGAGUUAUUUGGUGAAAUCAGUAUAACAUAGUUUGAUUGAAGCUGCUUAUGUAUUUAUAGACGAUGUUAAACCCCUUGUCGCUUGAGUUACCUGCCGUCAUAUCCCUCAUCUUCAGAGGUGCCUGUAUGACUCAUGACCACUAGAUGGCCACACAGCACAUUAUGAUGUGGAAAUGGAUGUGGUCCUAUGUUAGGUAAAGUAUUAACUGGGCCUGGGCCCAAGAUCUAUAGUACCACACCAUGCACACGUUGUCAAUUCAGCACUUCGCUUUAGUCCAUGACCAUAAUGUAUUUUAUAUUUGAGACUUAGAGAGCUGUUACUUUGUGUUACCUUAGAUUGUAAACUGUCAUGGUCAAAACAUAUAGAUUCAAUGGUUGGAAAGAUGGGGAGAGUUCUGUCCUUAAUAAAGACGUUCUCUGCUUUUUGACACCACACUCUAAAAAGCAAGUCCUGCAGGCUCUAGUUUUAUUGUAUCUUUAUUAUUGGUCGAGUGCUGCAAGGAAAGACCUAGUUAAGCAGCAGCUGGCCUCGAACAGAGCGGCACGUCUUGCUCUUCACUGUAAUCAGAGGGACAAUAUAAAUACUAUGCAUGCCAGUCUCUCUUUACUAAGAGUUGAGGAGAGACUGACCACAUCAAUUCUACUUUUUAUUAGAAACAUUGUGUUGAAAAUUCCAAAUGGUUUGCAGUCAACUUACACACUGCUCUGACAGACACAUACCCCACCAGGAAUGCACCAGGGGUCUUUUCAGUCCCCAAAUAGCGUACAGUAUUAUAUAGAGCCAUUAAUGCAUGGAACUCCCUUCUCAUAUUGCUCAAAUGAAGAGCAAACCUGGUUUCAAAAAGCCGAUAACGUAACAGCGCAUGGCACAGCGCCUCUCCCCAAUUUGACAAAAAUAGUUUGUGUGUAUGUAUGCUACGUGUGUCUUUGUUUAAAUGUAUGUAGUUCUGUUCUUGUCUAUUAAUGUUCUGUAUUAUGUCAUGUUUUGUGUGGACCCCAGGAAGAGCAGAUGCUGCUUUCACAACAUCUAAUGGGGACCCUAAUUAAAUAUCCCCCCCAAAAUAUAUAAUAUCGUGAGAUAUCAAUAAAAACUAAGAAAUAUGA